UGGCCAGACCUCUGGGCCCCUCCAAGACGGACGACAUGAGCUGAUUCUGGCCGUCUUGCCAUCAGCAACCACCGAGAUCAAUCGUCUUGCACCCUCUUUUCCCACCUAUAUAUCCGCCGACGCUAGCUGGUGCCUCUCCUGCUCGUCCGCCAAGCCCAGUCCGUCGCACAACGCGCAGCUGUCCGACCUCGCCGACCCUGUCACAGGCUAAACACCACCGUCAGCCUCGUGAAGAUAGCGACCCCCUAGACAUACACGCGCCAUGGCACGACGUCAACACCUGACCUUGGUGGUCGCCUUCUCCAUCGUCGCAUUCCUUACGUUUACGUACAUGCUGUCGUCAUCCGGCAGCCGCCUGCCCAACACACCAGCGGUCUCUCUGGGGCAGCCGCCGUCCGGGAAGCAGUCCGUCCCCGACCAAGAUGCGAGCAAACCGAACCUGGCAAUAUCCCCCGACAUCCUCACCGGAGGCUCCAUUGCGCCCAAGCUGGAGAACGCAACACUAAAAGCCGAGCUCGGGCGCGCGUCCUGGAAGCUCUUCCACACAAUGAUGGCGCGGUUCCCCGAGAAGCCGAGCGAGGACGACAGCCUGGCGCUCAAGACGUACAUCCAGCUGUUCGCGCGCCUGUACCCCUGCGGCGACUGCGCCUCGCACUUCCAGAAGAUGCUCAAGCAGUACCCGCCCCAGACCUCGUCGCGCAACGCCGCCGCCGGCUGGGCCUGCUUCGUCCACAACCAGGUCAACCAGAGGCUGAAGAAGAAGGAGUUUGACUGCGCAAAGAUUGGCGACUUUUACGACUGUGGCUGCGGCGACGACAAGGGCAAGAAGAAGGACGCGAGGUCCGCAGGGGACGGGACGGGCCUGACACUGGAGAAGGAAGGGCUUACCCGCGGAGGUUGAUACGCUUUCCUGGUGCACCCCGCCACGUUACUGGAAUCUCAUCGUAUAUAUUUGCAUAGGUGUUGGAGCUUGGCGCAUACGCUGUGUUUUUCUGGUUCGCUUUCAUUAUCUUACUGAUUCUCUCUAGACUCUGUGGGUUGCGAGCGGUUUGCCAAAGUAUAAGCAGCAAUAUAUCUUGUAUGGAAAGGACAUGUCCCAUCAGGGAGUGCACAGGUACCGGCGCGCCUCAACCCCCCUCGCAACACAAGCCCGCCCACCUUACCUCUGAUCCCCUUCGUGUCCUUGCUAUCAAGUCAGUGUUACUUGAGUCAGCACGCCAUGCUCAAUAUGAGAGUCCUCGACAGCCACCCGCGAUGUCAUUGGGCUCAUCCGUCCCACCAUACAGCAGCCGAUCCCCGCCACCAUUGAUACUUUGCUACAUCUUUAUACUGCUACCUAGGAUUUGCUAUACCCAAGAGCGCGCAGGCGUAGCAAUAAGGUACCCAUCUAGGCUGUUUACUUGCUCCCAGUUCCCCAGUCUCCUGCUCUUUCACACAUUAUCCCCCGUGCGCCAGGGCAGCAGACCCGACAGCAACAAACAAUUCGAAUAGGGCCGGCAACGAACGCAACGACUCCAGAACUCUAUGGCUGAACAAGGCACCUCGGGGUUCCGUUUACACUUCGAGCGGGUGUAAAGCGCGGUUGCGUGUGUCCAAGGCAAUGCUCGAGUUUCAAUUGUGUCUGCAGUGCUGCAAUCCCGCGGUUGCGAGAUCUUAUUCUUGGAAUCACUGCCUGAUCUCCUCCAUAUAGGUAGCAAACUUUGGAGCGAAGAUUCUGCCUUGAACGAGCUGGCUGGCAGAUUCUACUACCCAGGCCUGGCAGUCUCUCUGAGCG